AUGGGAUACGAACCAGGUAAAGCUGAAAAGGGUGCAGGUCUUUUCAAGACUAGAUGCGCUCAAUGUCACAACGUCGGCGCAGGUGAAGGCCACAAGGUUGGUCCAAACCUUCACGGUCUUUUCGGUCGCAAAACAGGCCAAGCGGAAGGAUUCAGCUACACGGAAGCCAACGUAAAGAAGGGCAUCACAUGGGAUGAGAACACUUUGUUCGAUUACCUUGAAAACCCAAAGAAGUACAUUCCUGGAACUAAGAUGGCCUUCGCUGGUCUUAAGAAGCCAAAGGACCGUAACGACAUCAUCACUUUCCUUAAGGAUGCAACCAAGUAA